AUGGCCUCCACCUCCACCGGCCACCGACGUCGGGCAGCCAGGCAGGUGACUACUACAGAGCAUCUCGGUGCAUGUCUCGUCUUCCCACUCCCCCAAUCCACAAUGACUGCCUCCUCGAACGUCGUUUCGCCAUACCUCGUCGUUGCCGACGAGCCCAUCCCGAAGGAGCAGAAGGCGGCCGUCUCCCACUCUGCUGCCGCUGGCACCGUCAUUGAGACGGUCCCCGUCACGCAGCCCAGCGAGCUCAAGCCGGGCGAGGCGCUCGUCAAGCUCCUCUACUCUGGUGUGUGUGGAAGCAGCUGGCACCAGGCGUCCGACCACUGGGACGAGGGCAAGGGUCGCGUGCCCCGCCCCCUCAUUGCCGGCGACGAGGGUGUCGGCACGAUCAUCGCCAUGAACGACCCGACGACGACGCUCAAGCUCGGGCAGACUGUUGGCAUCAAGUUUGUCGCGCACACCUGCAAUGAGUGUCCCGCCUGUCUGCACGGCAUUGAGAUGGUCUGCCCGCAGGCCAAGUACACUGGCCGCUCCGUCAAUGGCACAUUCCAGCAGUACUCGCUGGCUUGGACGAGCCAGCUCACGCCGAUCCCCGACAUGCCGCUCGAGCUCGCUGCGCCCAUUCUCUGCGCAGGUGUCACGGUCUGGCGCGCGCUCAAGGACUCGACGGCGCACGCCGGUGACUGGGUUGCUGUUGCUGGAGCCGGAGGCGGUCUCGGCUCUCUCGCCGUCCAGUACGCCAAGUACCUCGGCAUGCGCGUCGUUGCCAUUGACAAUGAGCGCAAGCAGGCGUUCUGUAGGGAGAUUGGCGCCGAUGCCUUUGUCAACUACAAGGACGCCGACUUUGUGCAGCAGGUAAAGAAGGUUGCCGACGGCCUCGGUGUCCAGGCCUCCAUCCUCUGCUCCAACGAGCCCAGCUCGUACCUCACCGGCACGCACUACCUCCGCCCGACUGGCAGCGCCAUGAUUGUCGGCCUCCCGCCCACCGGAUCGCACGUUCCCGUCGACUGCCGCAACGCCGUUCUCGGCAUGCACACUGUGCGCGGCUGCUUUGUCGGUAACCGCGGCGACGUCAUUGACGCGCUCGACGUUGUCGCCCGCGGAAAGGUCGUCCCGAAGGUUACCGUCAAGCCCUUCUCGGCCAUCCAGGAGACGUAUGACUGCAUGAAGAACGGCACGCUGAACGGACGUGUCGUCGUUGACCUCUGCAGGCACUGA